UUUUUUUCUUUUUUACUUAUACUUUUUUUAUAAUUUUGGACUUGGAAAAAGGAUAAAAUCGAAAAAACUUAACCAUGGAAGCUGAUCCUCGUCGUAACGCCUUUAAAGCACGCAAUCAAUUCAAACCUGAAGAAGUACGAAGACGACGUGAAACCGCUCAAGUGGAAAUCAGGAAACAAAAAAAAGCUGAGAAUUUAGCUAAACGACGAAACUUUAAUAUUUCCAACUUGACUCAAGACUCUGAUGAUGAAUUGGAUGUAACUACUUUGGAUAGUCAUUUGGACGAAAUGCUUCCUGAUAUGGUUCAAUCCAUUUACUCCAAUGAUGCUGAAGCUCAAUUACAAGCUACUGCGCAUUUCCGAAAAUUAUUAUCUCGUGAAGUCAAUCCUCCUAUUGAACAAGUUAUUGCUAGUGGUGUAGUUCCUCGAUUUGUGGAAUUCCUUCGUUCUCCUCAAACUUCGCUUCAGUUUGAAGCUGCCUGGGCCUUGACCAAUAUUGCUUCUGGAUCUUCUCAACAAACUCAAAUUGUCAUUGAAGGUGGUGCUGUGCCCUACUUUAUUGAAUUAUUAAGUAGUCCUGUUGCUGAUGUGAAGGAACAAGCUGUAUGGGCUUUGGGUAAUAUUGCUGGUGAUAGUCCUCGUUGUCGUGAUUAUGUUCUUGAAACUGGUGCUCUUCCUCCAUUACUUUCUAUUUUCCAUGAAGACAACAAGAUUUCUAUGUUACGUAAUGCUACUUGGACACUUUCCAACUUUUGUCGUGGCAAGAAUCCUCAACCCAAUUGGCAAUUGAUUGCUCCUGCAUUGACUGUUUUGGCACAAUUGAUUCAAUCAUCUGACGAAGAAGUAUUGAUCGAUACUUGUUGGGCCAUUUCAUAUUUAUCUGACGGAGCCAAUGAACGUAUUCAAGCCGUGGUGGAAUCCUCUGUAUGCAGUCGUUUGGUUGAAUUAUUGAGUCAUCAUUCUACUUCAGUGCAAACACCAGCUUUACGAUCAGUGGGAAAUAUUGUUACUGGAGAUGAUGCACAAACACAAACGAUCAUCAACUGUGGUGCGGUGAUGUCUUUAUUCAAUUUAUUGUCCAGUCCCAAAGAAAGUAUUCGCAAGGAGGCAUGCUGGACUAUUUCCAAUAUUACGGCCGGCAAUACAGCACAAAUUCAAGCAGUGUUGGAUGGUGGAUUGGUGGCUCCUUUGGUACAUAUCUUGAGUCGUGGUGAAUUCAAAACCAAGAAAGAAGCAUGCUGGGCUAUUUGUAACGCAACAUCUGGUGGAUUGGCUAAACCUGAACAAAUCCGAUUUUUGGUUGCUGAAGGAUGCAUUCAACCUCUAUGUGACAUUUUGACUCAAAACGAUAACAAAAUCACUUUGGUGGCAUUGGAUGGAUUGGAUAAUAUAUUGCGUGCUGGUGAAAUGGAAAAGAUUCAUACUCAAGAUGGUCUCAAUCCUUAUGCAUUGAUGAUCGAGGAAAUGGGUGGCGUCGAUCAUAUUCACAGUUUACAAUCCCAUGAAAAUGCAGAAAUCUACAAGAAAGCCUAUGCCAUCAUUGAUAAGUACUAUAGCGAAGAUGAUGAAGAUGAACAUGAUACCGAUAUGGUCCCUGAUACUGUCAAUGGUCAAUUUGCUUUCCAACAACAAGUCGAUGCUCCUCAAGGUGGUUUCAAUUUCUAGUCUCUUUGUGUUUAUCUUCUCUACCACCAUCCUUUUAUAGUUUUAUUUGCCCCUUCCCUUUCCUUCAACUAUUUCAUUAUUACUUUUGCAUGAUCUUCCCCAACACUAUCUAUACUGUUCCCCUUUCUUCCCCCCCUUUUUUUUUUAUUUUUUUGUCUAUUCCCUUUCCCUUUCCUUUCUCCUCCCAAUUGUAUCCACUUUAUAUAUUUCAUAUUUUUUUUAAAUAAAAAUAUACACACAACCACUA